GACUUCCGCCGGCGCCCCCUCCCCCGCCGCGGCGUCCCCUCCUCCCGCCUGAGGCGAGCAGGGCUGCUUCGGGCGCGCCCGGACUCGGCCGCGGGCAGCCCCGGGGGUCGCUGCGGGAUUCGGCCGCGGAGCUGUGCGGGACGGCCUGCUCCUCACGCCUCCCUCCCCGCCUUCCGCGGCCGCCGCCUCCUCCUCCUCACUGCGCCCGGCCGAGCUGCGAGCGGCAAGAUGGCGGCGCCCAGGCCGCCGCCUGCCCGGCUGUCGGGGAUCAUGGUGCCGGCGCCCAUCCAGGACCUGGAGGCCCUGCGCGCGCUCACGGCGCUCUUCAAAGAGCCGCGGAACCGGGAGACAGCGCCGAGGACCAUCUUCCAGCGAGUUCUGGAUAUCCUGAAGAAGUCCUCUCAGGCCGUGGAGCUGGCCUGCAGGGACCCGGACCAAGUGGAGCACCUGGCCUCCAGCCUGCAGCUCAUCACCGAGUGCUUCCGGUGCCUGCGCAACGCCUGCAUCGAGUGCUCCUUGAACCAGAACUCCAUCAGAAACUUGGAUACCAUCCGUGUCGCUGUUGAUUUGGUUCUUCUGUUUCGAGAACUGCGAGCGGAACAGGAGGCCCUUCUGACAGCUUUCCGCUGUGGCCUACAGUUCUUAGGCAACAUUGCCUCGAGAAACGAAGAUUCCCAGGCUGUUGUCUGGAUGCACGCCUUCCCGGAGCUCUUCAUCUCUUGCUUAAACCAUCCAGACAGAAAGAUUGUUGCCUAUUCUUCCAUGAUCUUGUUCACCUCCCUCAAUGCUGGAAGAAUCAGCGACCUGGAAGAAAACCUCAACAUUGCCAUCAAUGUCAUAGAAGCUCACCAGAAGCAGCCUGAGUCAGAAUGGCCGUUCUUGAUUAUUACAGACCACUUUCUGAAAAGUCCGGAAUUGGUACAAGCCAUGUACUCCAAACUGAGCAAUCAAGAAAGGGUCACGUUCUUAGAUGUGGUCUUGGCCAAGCUGAUGGCUGAGGAGCUUCUGGCCCCGGACGAGGUCACUGCGUUUCUGCGCCAUGCCGAGUUGCUGGCUGGCUCCUUCGUGGACCAGUGCAGGACCGUGCUGAAGCUGAUGUCUGAGUCGGACACCGAGGAUGAGGAGGUCCUGGCGACCGUUAGGCUCCUGGAUGUCCUCUGUGAAAUGACUGCUAACACUGAGCUGGUUGGCUACCUGCAGGUUUACCCUGGCUUGCUGGAAAAAGUGAUUGAUCUUUUACGACUGGUUCAUGUAGCUGGGAAAGACACCAGAGACCUCUUCAGUACCUCUGGCAGUGUAGACACAGGCGAAGUCUCCAGUGCGGCUGAUGGGUUCAAGUCUCACCUCAUACGUCUCAUUGGGAAUCUGUGUUACAAAAACAAAGAUAACCAAGACAAGGUGAACCAGCUGGAUGGCAUCCCAUUGAUCCUGGACAGCUGCAGGAUUGAUAAUGAUAACCCCUUUCUGACCCAGUGGGUGGUGUAUGCCAUCCGAAAUCUUACCGAAGACAAUAUCCAGAACCAAGAUUUGAUUGCAAAAAUGGAAGACCAGGGGCUAGCAGAUGCCUCCCUGCUCAAAAAAAUGGGUUUUGAAGUUGAAAAGAGGGGCGACAAGCUGAUUCUGAAGCCCGUCAGUGACGCACCCCAGAGUGAGUGAACUCUCCGGCCAAGUGCCUGGGUUUUCAGAAGCUGUUUUCAUGGGUUUUUUCGUCCUCUGCGGUUUGUGAAAUGGCAAGUGUUUGAAG